AAUCCAUAAUAUAAGAGGUUGAACCCACUUGACUUUGCUUUCCACAAACCACCAUCACCAUUUCGCCAACAGAUAACUAAAUCAUCCACCCACUAAACCUAAAAUCAAACAUUUUCAGAAACACAAUCAAUAAACCCACCAUUUCAAAUCCAAAUUCAAGUCCAAAAAAUGAACAACAAAUUCCCGAGUUUGUGACCUAGAUGAUGAGCCGAACUCCAACUUCUUAGCAAAAAUCAACCAAUCAAGCAAUACUAACUUAGCUCUUUAAUGGAUUCAGCAGCACUCCCUAAAGAUUUGGCCUUUCAUCUUUAUCAAAGAUUAAGAUUAAGCCAUACCUCCACCAAGAUCAGAAGAACCCUAAUUCUGUAUCUUCUUAUCAUCCUACUUUCUCUCUCUUCUCUUUACUUGUUGACCUCAAGGUCAAUCGAUUUCAUCUGGGUAUUUGCUUUUUUUGCUGUUCUUGUUGUAUCUCUAACUUUAGCUCAACCCAGAAUUUUCACCACCCAAUUUCAACCAUUUCAGGUUUCUGUAACAAAUCAAACCCUAAAUUCUUCAAAUCAAGUUGUUUGGUCAAUUGGGUCAAAUCCCAAUUGGGAAAAGAGCCUGAAUUCAGGGUUUAGUGUAAAGGGCUUUAGCAAUGGGGAUGUUUAUGAGGGUGAAUUUCACAAGGGGAAAUGUUCAGGAAGUGGGGUUUAUCACUAUUACUUGUGUGGGAAGUUUGAGGGUGAUUGGGUUGAUGGGAAGUAUGAUGGGCAUGGUGUUGAAACAUGGGCAAAAGGGAGUAGAUAUAGAGGUCAAUAUAGGAAUGGAUUGAGACAUGGGGUUGGGAUUUAUAGAUUUUAUACUGGUGAUGUUUAUCAAGGGGAGUGGUCUAAUGGCCAAUCCCAUGGUUAUGGAGUUUAUGCUUCUAGAGAUGGUAGCAAGUAUGUUGGUGAGUUCAAGUGGGGAGUUAAGCAUGGAUUUGGUUUUUACCAAUAUAGAAACGGAGAUGUGUAUGCUGGUGAAUACUUUGCUGAUAAGAUGCAUGGUUUUGGAGUUUACAAAUUUGGCAAUGGACAUCAAUACGAGGGAUCCUGGCACGAGGGUAGAAGGCACGGGUUUGGUGUUUACACUUUCAGAAAAUGGGAAGCUCAAUCUGGUUACUGGCAAAACGGGGUGCUUGUCAAAGCUAGCAGUCAAACUCAACUGCCGAAUUCUCCCGUUUCAGCUUCUCCUUGCAAAGUUUCUAUUGCUAUCCAGAAAGCAAGGCAAGCAUCUGAGAAAGCAUACAAGGUGAAAACAGUAGAUAACAGGGUUAACAAAGUCGUAGCAGCUGCUAAUAGAGCAGCUAAUGCAGCACGAGUAGCAGCUGUAAAAGCUGUUCAGACGAGAAUGCACGAAGGAAUCAACACUAAAGCAUUGCUUCAAAGUGUCUGAUUUCAGGAAGAUCAAAAGAUUCCUGUUUCCGUGUUGAUUCUUUCUAGCUUAUCGGUUGCUGUCUGAUAUUCGUACUUCCAUCUUUCCUACUAGAAGAGAGAUUGAGAACUGCUGCUUUUUUUUACUACAAUCAGUAAAAAUGCAGACAUAGAUGAUCAAAGGAGGUCAUAUCUCAACCUUCAUAGAUGGUCAUAAAGCAAAUGUACAUAGCUAAAUAGUGAUGUUCUGGAAAUGGCACCGAAGGUGCUAUAGUCUAGGUUAUCAUUUUUGUAGUAGUCGUAGUUGAUCAAAUGUUUCUUGAACAGCAGCUAUAUAUUAUUUAUCAAUAUAGCUUGCUUCAAUCUGUAAAAACACUGCCUGUGUAUUCAAUCUUAUGUUUCCAGCAUUCAA